ACUCGUUUACAUAUUGGGCUUUAGAAACGAAACCCUAAAAGCUCAUUGAUCUUAGAAUUUCACUGGGUCGAAGCAAAAGCCCAGUUCGGGAUCCUUCCUCUAUGCAACGUGGCAACCUCUGAUUGGUUCUGACCUAUAAGUACCGUCUCGCAAGCCAGUUCCCGCGUGAAGACCUGGGCUGAAACGUCCCAGAGCAGUGGAGCCGGUCGAAGCUUAGCGAGUCGCUCUGCCCAAUCGCCUUAAGACCAACUCCGACAGUCAACAUGACGGUUCUGUACUCCGCCGACCGGAAGUACCGCCGGAGUCCUAGAACCACCCCCCUCCUCCCCCAGAAGCACGAUGACUACGAAUCCGCCGAGGUCGGCUUCGACGGCGCGUCCUUCUCCGGCGCCGUCUUUAACCUCUCUACCACCAUCAUCGGCGCCGGAAUCAUGGCGCUUCCGGCCACCAUUAAACAGUUGGGGCUGAUUCCGGGGAUCGUCGUGAUCGCCCUGGCCGCGAUGCUGACGGAGUCGUCGAUCGACAUGAUUUUGAGAUUCAGCCGCGCGUCUAAGUCCUCCACGUAUUCUGCGGUCGUCGGAGAUGCGUUCAGAGGCACCGGCCGGACGCUCCUGCAGGUCUGCAUCAUCGUUAACAAUAUGGGGAUGCUCGUCGUCUACAUGAUCAUUAUCGGUGAUGUGUUAUCAGGUACAUGGUCUGACGGGGUCCACCAUUCGGGUGUGAUGGAGAAGUGGUUCGGUCAACAUUGGUGGACGACACGCUCCUUCUUGUUGCUCCUCACGACCCUCUUUGUGUUUGCUCCUCUCAUAUCAUUCAAGCGGGUUGAUUCGCUGAGAUACACAUCAGCAUUGUCAGUGGCUUUGGCUAUUGUUUUUGUGGCAAUCACAGCUGGAGUGGCUGUAGUCAAAUUGAUGAAUGGGAGUGUCCAAGUGCCACGUUUGCUGCCUCAACUCGUUGAUCAGUCGUCAUUCUGGAAACUUUUCACUGCUGUUCCUGUUCUAGUCACUGCCUAUAUCUGCCACCAUAAUAUUCAUCCAAUAGAAAAUGAGCUAAUAGACCCCACACAAAUGAAGUCGAUAGUUCGGACAUCACUAACAAUGUGCUCAUUGGUCUACAUUGCAACCAGUUUCUUUGGGUCUCUCCUCUUUGGUGAUCAAACUCUGGAUGAUAUACUUGCAAAUUUUGAUGGUGAUCUUGGGAUUCCAUAUAGCUCAUUGCUUAGUGAUGUGGUGCGGGUGAGCUAUGGCAUCCACCUGAUGCUUGUAUUCCCAAUUGUUUUCUUCUCUCUUCGCCUCAACAUAGAUGGCCUCUUUCUUCCAUAUGCCAUUCCUAUUGCAUUUGAUAACCGUAGGUUCUUCUCCAUAACAGCAGCUCUCAUGGGUUUCAUCUUAAUGGGGGCUAAUUUUGUGCCUAGCAUUUGGGAUGCCUUCCAGUUCACUGGUGCCACAGCUACUAUUUCUGUUGGAUUCAUCUUUCCAGCUGCCGUCGCCCUUAGGGACACCCAUGGAAUUGCAACAAAGAAAGACAGACUAGUGUCAUGGGUGAUGUUGUUUUUGGCUGUGUCAUCUAGCACUGUUGCCAUCUGUAGUGACAUUUACAGCAUUUUCGGUACCGGGAAAGCAAUUGGAAGCUGACUUUGGGGGGAAGUACAACUAUUUGGCUGCUCUCAUACAAUUGAUUCUCCCUCCUUUGACAUGCAGACCUGGGUUUAUUUAUUUGAUAGAAGUAGGUGAACUGGGCUGCAAUAGGAGCGAUGCUCCAGUUCCUUGUCGAAUUGGAGAUUCCAUGUUGUAAAUAAAUGCAGGCAACCAUGUGAUAUUUCAUGGUUGAAUUAGCUUUAUAGAUGGAGCAAUCUCUGCAACUUAGUAUAUAUUAUAGGGAUGCAGUCAUACUAUCAAAUGUUUUAAACAAUCAACUACAGUAAAUUUUGUCACUGAUUUUGGCACAGAUUAAUGUGAGUUGGAAGUCUAGUUUUAUGCAA